AUUUAGUUUUGCUUAGCCAUUGUUCACAUCUUGAUCAUUGUCAACGGCAAACAUAAGCCAGCAUAUAAAGCCCUGACGUUUAUUAAAAUCCCAUAAACCGAAAGUAAGUGAAUACGUAAAGAUUGAAAAUCGCCACUGACAAGUCGGCGGUGAGGAUACGUGCCGAGAUGUCCGUUUGGGUCGCGCCGCCACUCUUGGAAAAACCAAGCAGUCCCCUAAAUAUAAGUCAGGAGGUCUUAAGAAGCGUUCUGUACGGCAAGUGGUGCAACGUAUUUGGUGGCCAAAAAGAACUUACCUUUAAAUCCGGCGUUUUGGAUAAAAUGGACUACAACUCUGAUGAAGAUCCUGACGCUGGGUACAUGAGCAGCAUUAAACGUGUAGGAUCUACAGCUUUAGUCCCGGUUCUAAGCAACGACAACGCCAAAACUAAACAACUUUGUGUGGAGAACGACUCUUACUAUAUGGCAUUUGUGUCUCUUCCGGAGCAAGUCACUAUUGCGCCAUCCUCAAUUCCGGGUGUUCAACUUGGUGUGUUUAGUACCUGCUGGAUCAAAGAGGGCACACAGAUGGGACCCUAUACAGGCCGUAUUGUUAAAGUCGAAGAGCUGAGCUCUGAUGUUGAUAAUAGUCUCAUGUGGGAGGUUCUUAAUGAAGACGGAACGGUUAGUCACUUUCUCGACGCGAAAGACGAAAAUCCGCGUAAUUGGAUGGGCUUUGUGAACUGCGCUAGGAACGAACAAGAACAGAACUUAGACGUGUUUCAAUACGGUGGUAAUAUUUAUUACCGCGCGGUCAAAGACAUCCCUCCAGAUCAGGAACUGCUGGUUUGGUAUGGCGGCACUUACGUUCAAUUCCUCGGGAUCCCGGGAAUUGCGCCGGUGAACGACUUCGUGCGAAGAAAAAGGAGAGGACCUGAGGAGGAAGAAGAAGAACCAGAACCUUCUCAGCUACACGGAGAUUCAGUUUACAAGUUCAGCCAAGACCGUGUGAAAAGCAACGUGGUACCAGGCAGAUUAAAGUGUACGCUUUGCAGACGAGGAUUUAACUCUCGAAGCAAUUUGCGCUCGCACAUGCGCAUUCACACCCUAGAGAAACCGUUUCAGUGCAAGUACUGCAAGAAGUCUUUCUCGCAAUCUUCGACCCUUCGGAACCACACCAGGCUUCACACAGGAGAGAAACCGUACAAGUGCAAUGUGUGUCACUUCGCUUACUCGCAGCUUGCGGGAUUGCGGGCUCAUCAAAAAUCUGCUCGGCAUAGGCCUUUGCACGAGGCUGCAAAAGUAGCAGCCCAGAAACAGCAAAGUCUUCUUGAAGAGACAAGUCAUAUGGAACAUUCACCAGACUCUUGCAAAUUAGAAAACGCGACUCCAUAAUUAAGAAUUGUGCUUUUUCGGAAUAUGCUACUUAAUUACGAAGGAAACUGUAGAACGCCACAUCACUGUUAGGCGGUCUUCUUCAACAUACUGAAAGCAAACAUACGGCUUUGUUCAUCAAUCUCCUUAAGUGCUCAUCCCAAUACUUGAAGAUUAUCUGAAGCAAAAAGAAGAGCUCAUUCUUAAUUACGCUGAAAAUAAAAAGUUGUAGGACUGAGUGCCUUAAAACUGACUUUUAAAAUGGAUUAUCAUAUUUGAUACCUAUCCAUGCAGCAGAGGACAUUUUGGAACCUUACCGUACCUAGUUUCCGCCGUGAAAUAUUAUUAAUUUUCGUUUUUAACUGGUUGGCCGUUAAUGAGGGCAAAUCAGUAAAAAUCGUGGUCAAAAAAGUACUUCAGCGCUAAAAAAGUUGUAUAUAAUGUAAAUAUGAUUUUGUAAAAAUAAAAUUUGCUAGAAAGCUUUAAUGUGCAUUCAGUGUAAAAUGUUUAUAGCCCGCUUCCAUUUGAGCUGUCAAUGUAAUUGACAUGAGCUGCUAGUUUCAAACAUAUGAGUUGACACCAGUUUACUCA